AUGGAUUAUGAUCGUUUAGUGUAUUUCAUUUUUUUCUUUUUUUUUUCUAUUACAGAAGUACCAAAGUUUAGUGAACCAAUUAUUAAUGUCACCGUACCGGUUGGCCGUGAGGCGAUACUUGCAUGUAUAGUGCAAGAUUUAUCUGCAUAUAAGGUUGCAUGGUUACGCGUAGAUACACAGACAAUAUUAACGAUACAUAGUCAUGUGAUAACAAAGAAUCAUCGAAUUGGUGUAACACAUAGUGACCAUCGAACAUGGUAUUUACAUAUAAGAGAGGUGCGUGAGUCUGAUCGAGGCUGGUAUAUGUGUCAAAUUAAUACUGAUCCAAUGAAGAGUCAAGUUGGAUAUUUAGAAGUUGUGGUCCCACCAGAUAUUUUGGAUUAUCCAACUAGUACUGAUAUGGUUGUGCGUGAGGGAACAAAUGUAACGUUACGUUGUGCGGCCACUGGAUCACCACAACCAAAUAUUACAUGGCGUCGUGAAGGUGGUGAAGGGAUACCAAUUGGUAAUGGUCAAGAAGUAUCAAGUAUCGACGGUCCAAUAUUUAACAUAACAAGAGUGAAUCGGUUACAUAUGGGUGCAUAUUUAUGUAUUGCUUCAAAUGGUGUCCCACCAUCAGUCAGCAAAAGAAUUAUGCUAAUUGUACAUUUUCCACCAAUGAUUUGGAUACAAAAUCAACUUGUCGGUGCAUACGAAGGACAACAACUAACGUUAGAAUGUCAUUCAGAAGCAUACCCAAAGUCAAUCAAUUAUUGGACACGUGAUAAGGGAGAAAUUGUACCACAAGGUGGAAAAUAUGAUCCUAUAUUGUUAGACAAUGCUUAUAAAGUACACAUGAAAUUAACAAUAAAACGAGUAACACCAGCUGAUUUUGGAUCAUACAAAUGCGUAUCAAAAAAUUCAUUAGGAGAUACCGAUGGAAGUAUAAAAUUAUAUCCAUUGCCACAGUCGUCCAAUGGGAUAAAUCCAUAUAAUAGAACGGAUAGGAAUCGUAAAGGUAAAUCCAGGAAAAAACCUUCGUCUGAUAAUAUUUUGAACGAAAUUGAUGAUGGAUUAUCGAAUCAAAAAGAUCAAUAUCGAGGUGCAGAAAUAGAAGAUGAAGAUUAUAUAAAUAAUCCUAAUUCUGGGAACCAAAUAUUUAUGUCAAUUUGUUUAGUUAUAUUAAGUUGCUUCUUCCAGACAGCCAGCCAUUUUGCGGUUAUCAGUGAUUCUCUGAUAUCAUCUUCAAAACAUCUUUAA